AUGAGACGCUUACAAGUGCCCCAUCAGAUGCGGAAAUUAAAAAAAGCUCUGUUCGAUAUCAACCCGGAGAAGGCACCUGGCCCUGAUGGGAUGACGAGCUUGUUCUAUCAAACAUUCUGGGGAAUCACCGCAGGGGAGAUCUUCCGUACGGUGAAAGACUUCUUCUCGUCAGAGACACUCGAUGCGCGACUGAACCAAACAAACAUCUGCCUUAUCCCAAAGACAGAUAGACCAUGCGAGAUGACGGAGUUUCGUCCCAUAAGCUUGUGUAACGUAAGCUAUAAAAUCGUGUCGAAGAUCCUCAGUAAUCGACUUAAGCGAUUCCUCCCGACUUUGAUUUCGGAGACCCAAUCGGCCUUUGUGGCUAAGCGACUCAUCACAGAUAAUAUCCUAGUCGCCCAAGAAGUGGUCCAUGCUCUACGGACUAACCAAAGCUGCAAGACUAAAUUUGUCGCCAUCAAAACCGAUAUGAGUAAAGCCUAUGAUAGGGUGGAAUGGACAUUCUUAGAAGCACUUAUGCGCAAACUGGGAUUUUGUGAGCGAUGGAUCUCCUGGAUACAUGUUUGCAUUUCUUCAGUAUCAUACAAUGUACUCAUCAAUGGAGAGCCAAAAGGUAACAUAAUCCCAACCAGAGGUAUCCGACAGGGUGACCCAUUAUCUCCAUUCCUGUUCAUUAUCCUGACAGAGGCGCUUAUAUCCCAAAUACAUGGAGCAGAAAGAGAGGGCAGACUCACCGGCCUAAAAAUCGCGAGAGACAGCCCUCCUGUCUCGCAUCUCCUGUUUGCCGAUGACAGCCUCUUCUUCUGUAAAGCAGAACCUCAACAAUGCCGGGAACUCAUGAAGAUCAUUAGUGAAUACGGGAGAGCAUCAGGACAACAGUUGAACGCCGCCAAAUCUUCUGUUUUCUUCGGCAGCAAGGUCCCAACGGAACUCAAAACUGAAAUAAAAGAAGCUCUGGGUAUAUCUCGCGAGGGAGGGAUGGGCAUCUAUCUGGGACUACCGGAGAAGAUAUGUGGAUCCAAGAGACAAGUAUUUGCUUUUAUACAGGAACGCCUUUUGGAGCGUCUGAACUCUUGGUCUGCGAAACUUCUUUCAAAAGGCGGAAAGGAGGUUUUGAUCAAAUCGGUGGCACAGGCACUUCCCUCCUAUGUUAUGUCAUGUUUCCUACUUCCUCAAGACAUUAUUAAAAAAAUGUCUAGUGCCAUCGCAAGGUUCUGGUGGAGUACCAAGCAAAAUAAUGGCGGCCUACACUGGAUCGCAUGGAAUAAAAUCUGCGUACCGAAGAACAAGGGAGGCUUGGGAUUUCGAGAUUUAAAGAAUUUCAACAUUGCCCUGCUGGCCAAGCAACUGUGGCGCCUUGUACAAUACCCGACGUCCCUAUUGGCUAAAGUCCUGAAAGGAAGAUAUUAUCGCAAUACAAAUCCGAUUGAUGUCGAGAAAGCAAGUUCACCAUCUUACGUAUGGCGCAGUUUGAUGGCAGCAAAACCCCUCCUGAAGUCGGGACUGAGAAAGGCAAUAGGCUCUGGCUAUAAUACUAGAGUCUGGGACGAGUCAUGGCUCCCCACAAGCCCCCCACGUCCGCCUACUGGGGUAAACCCGAUCCAAAAACCAAAUUUACUCGUCCAUGAGCUUAUCGAUCGAAACUCCAAGAAUUGGAACUUGGAUCUGUUGAAAACUUUGAUCGCCCCAGAAGAUAUCCCAUUGAUAUGUAGCCUGCGGAUUAGUAAAGCCUUCAGGGUAGAUAGCUACUGCUGGGUUCAUACGAAAUCCGGAAUGUACUCCGUCAAAACUGGAUAUGAUGAGAUGUGUAGACUGACAGAGGAACUUCCUACUGAUUAUUGCUCAGAACCGAGCAUUUCUGGCUUAAUUCAACAGGUGUGGGCGAGUAAAACUGUGCCAAAAAUAAAACACUUCAUGUGGCAGGCCCUGACUAAUUGUGUUCCCGUCUGCAGUCGUUUGGCUGACCGGCACUGUCAUCCUGAUCGGACAUGUCCAAGAUGCGGGCAACAUGAAGAGACUAUAAACCAUAUGCUAUUUGAAUGUCAUAUGGCCACCCAUACCUGGUCCCUUGCGGCACUAUCCACCAUUCCGGGAGAGUUCCCGAGCUCCUCCAUAUACGGAAACUUUGACUUCCUACUCAACAGGAUCCACAAACGACAUAGCACAGAGGAGUGCAAAGCUCGGAUCCCUUGGAUCCUCUGGUUCCUAUGGAAAGCUCGAAAUGAGAAGGUCUUUAGUAACAAGGAUAUCUCGCCAUUGGAGGUGCUGCAGUCUGCAGCUUCAGAAACGACUAGCUGGUGUGUGGCGCAAAUUAUCCCGGAAGCACCAGAGGUGAAUGUAAGCUCGAUGAUCCCGGAGCCGCAAUUUACACCUUCACGGAGGCCUUUUUGCAGGAUAGACGCAUCAUGGAAGGAAGAUGACGCCCGCUACGGUGGUGGGUUCGUGAUGGAGAAUGAAGAUGGGAGCACAAUGUUCGGUUCAAUUGCUAGUAACUGUGUGUUGUCUCCCCUACAUGCAGAGUUCGCAACUUUGCUGUGGGCUAUGAAGUCUUCGCUAUCUCUCGGUCACGUCUCGAUGGCUUUUGAAUCAGACUGCUUGCAGCUGGUUAGGCUGAUUGAGGAAGAAGAAGAAUGGCCAAGUCUUAUGGCAGAGUUUGAUGAGUUUCUUAAUCUACGUUCUAUGUUCCAAUAUUGCUCCAUCUCUUUUGUUUCACGUUUAAAGAACAUCCGAGCCGAUUGCCUUGCGAAAGGUGCUCGGUCUCGCGGCUUUUGUUUUUCCCAUGUACUUCCUGAGGUCCCAACUUGGCUGGUGCUCGACACCACUUGGUUGGAAUCAUCGUAA